AUGAGUCUCUCUUUUUUUUUUGAGAGGCCAUCUUUCUUGUCAAGUACCUCUUCAACUCUUUCUUCAACUAGGUCGGACGCGCAAAGCGCUCCACCUGAGUUAGAGCGGGUAUUUGAUCGAAUCUGUGAUGAAUACGCAGAGUGGGUGGUGAGAGCCGGUAAGCAAUUACCCCCAGAAUGGAGCAUGCCGGGCCUUGUUCGGACAGUGAUUGGGGACGAGGCUAUUCACAUCCCAGGCUUUAUCAAGGAUUCAUAUGUUGAUGUUAUGUUAUAUGGACAAAAUAGUUGUAAAUUUGGACUGACUUGUGGGGGGUCUCAGCCUCUGGACUUUGAGUGGAUUUGCUGUUUCGACAACGGCGCUGACAGUUUCAAUCUGCCGGCGUUGGAAUCGUCGUCAAGUUACGAGUCUCUGGCUACUUUUCGAAAUGUUAUCGCAGCAGAAAAUGAAGCGGAAAUAUAUGAGCGAAUUAGGGUUCUCGAGAACCAGCAUUACUACAAUAUCCCCCCUCAUAAUAACCCGGGAGAUUACGCGAGGCUGGUUCGAGAGCACUUCGAUCAAGCCCUAAACGUAGAUCACUACUGGGAAAUCUUUGAUCGAGAGUAUCUCGAACUACGCGUAUUAGAUAAAAAGGCCGGUCUGCAGGAUAAACUCUUAAAUCUGAUGCUUGAUGAGCAGAAUCUUGCUCGAAUUAUGGAGCUAUCUCCCUAUUCAAAUAAACAAGUAAACCUAAGCGGCCGCAAUUUAGAAAUCUAUCGUGAAUUCUACUCGCAUUUCACCGAUGACGAAUUCCGUCGACAACAGGGGUUGCCCUUACCAUAA